UCUUCUUCCUCAAAAAUCCCUCCUUGGCUCGCCAGUCGCAAUAGAUUAUGAAACAUUCCAAUCAUCUCUCCAGCAUCCACAAUAGCGGACGUCCGUCCGUCCGGGACGUCCGCUAUUGCGACGGACACGGACGUCAGGGGCGGACGAGAAGGGUUCAUUCUUCCCCAAUUUCAUUUUCAUUCUUCCCCAAUUUCAUUUCCCUCUCAACACCUUCAGCGGCGGCACCAUCUCCCACCACUCCCAAACCGGGAAAUCAAAGUUUAGAAACUCGUCCUCAACAUCACAGUCGGCGAGACCGGAGCUGCUAAGGUACAGCGUCGCCACCGUAUUUUCGUCGCCAAACCCCUGUUUUCUCCAAGGAUAUAAUGAAUCACCAUAGCGACAGCGAUAGCAAUUCCCCGAACACUGCCAAAUCAAAGUAUCCCAGCGGCAGGGCGCAGUUUCCCGGCGGAUUGUCCCAGUCCAAGUUUGGAGGUGGCGGCGGGUCUCAGUUCCCUAGCGCCGGAGGGGGAAAUGUCGGCGGCAGAAACGCUGGCGGCGAGUACGGCAUGGGAGGCGGCGGUGGUUUUGGCGGGUUCCCCGGCGGGAACCAAUUCCCUGGGGGGUUUCCUUCAUUUCCCGGGGGCUACAUUCCGGUCUCGUGGCCGUACUCUCCGUUCCAAGGCGGAGGUGGUAGAUUCGGAGAGACAAACGCCGGCGGCGGGUUUGGCAUGGGAGGCAGCAGCGGUUUUGGCGGGUUUCCCGGCGGGAACCAAUACCCUGGGGGGUUUCCUUCAUUCCUCGGCGGCUACAUUCCGGUCCCGUGGCCGUACUCUCCGUUCCAAGGGGGAGGUGGCGGGUUCCCUUCCUUCGGCAGUGCCAACGCCGGUGCUGGCAGAAUGGUAACCCCCCAAACGCCGUUUGGGGUCAAUGUCUAUCGGCCCAACAUGGACAUAAUGGAUUUAGGUAUUUCUCCGUGCAGGGUAGAGAAUCCUCAGCCGAAGGAGAAGGGGACUGGAACGGGCGGGUGUAGGGGGAGGGAGAAGGGGAAGGGAGUUGCCGGCGAGUCGUCACAGGCUGCGGGUCAACCUAAGAGGAAGGUCUACACCCCUGAGGAGUCCACUGCUCUUGCGAAGUGUUGGGUCUCUGUCGUGGAGGAUAUGUUGAAUAAUCCGACACGGGAUGGGUUGUGGAAUCGUAUCUGCAAGAGGUACGAAGUAAUAAAGCCGCAGGGUGCGAAGUACCACAGCCCCGAAGAACUCCGGAAGAAAUGGGGUCGACUAAAGACCUGUGUCUCCAGAUUCUGCGACAUCUACGAGAACAACACCCGUUCGAUGACCAACGGCAGGACCAUGGACGACGUCAGAGAAUUGUUGAUAAGGCAGUACGGCCACGCCCAAUGUGGGCUUUAUUCGCCUUUUAAGUACUGGGAUGCCUUUCUGGUCCUGAAGGAUUCCCCCAAAUUUCAGGAGGGGAGGGCUGCGGGCUUCUCGAAGCGGAUGAGGCUCGGUGUCUCCGGCAACUACAAAAGCAGCGGCGCUUCCAUUGACCUCGAGGACGAUGUCGAUGUGGAGCCUUACCCAGUUCCCCGCUGCCGGCGUCCAAUGGACCAGAAAACAGCGAUGCGGAUGUCGAGAAGAGCUUCAAGCCGGUGCUCGGAAGUCCAGUCUACAGCUCCCAGUUCGAAGUUAACCAAUGCCGUUCGUAUCAAGCACCUGUUUGACUUCAUCAUGCAGUGGAACCAAGCAACCGAUCCCAAAUUCAAGAAAUAUCUGGAGAGCGUUAUCAAGCAGAUGAAGCGCAAUUUGGGGAUGAGUGUCGACGACGAUGAGCCCGUAGCCGGGGAUGCCGCUGGGGAUGGUGGAGAGGACUCCGACGAGUGAGCCGGGCCGCGUGUUCAAGCUUGAAGAUGGAAGUUUUUAUUUAUUUAUUUUCGUAGACGCUUUUUUUAAUUGUAGUACUAUGUUUUUAUUUUAUUUAAUUUAAUUAUGUUUGAACUUUCUCCAUUUUUUGUCCAAUUUAAUUUUGUAAAAGUCAUUUUAUAUUUGCUGGGCUAGGCUGUGUGAAGGACAUGAUGAGAUGGCAGGAGGAGUUUUAGGCCGGACUAUUUCUAUGCGGUGGCUGGAACAAUCCUAAUGUGGAUACUUAGUGAAUCACUCAAAGUGGCUCAACACGUGGGCUGCCUAGGUGAAAGCUGUGAGCUUUGUUGCUAGACUGGUUUGAAAUUUGUAGGAAAAUUGAUUAUUUCAGGGAAAUGAGAAUGACUCGGUCCCUCACUUUAGAAAAACUAAAUUACAAAAUCAAAUGUGAAAAAAGGUUGAAAAUUGAACAUCUGAUAUACAAGUGGCAGUUUGUUUC